CACUGAGUGAUUGAGGACACGUCCCGCCUCUGAACGACACUGACACACGCUCACACUUCAUUCUUGUCUAGAAUAAAGAAGUUAGAUACACUAAGAUGGACGAUCAGGGCUGUCCGAGAUGCAAAACAACCAAGUACAGAAACCCGUCUUUAAAGCUGAUGGUGAAUGUGUGCGGACACACACUGUGUGAGAACUGCGUGGAGAUGUUGUUUGUGCGAGGUUCAAGUAACUGUGUCCAGUGUGACACUCCACUCAGGAAGAGCAACUUCCGCCUUCAGCUCUUCGAGGAUCCUGCUGUGGAUAAAGAGGUGGAGAUCCGCAAGAAGGUGCUCAAAAUAUAUAAUAAGCGUGAUGUGGACUUCCCCAGUCUGCGAGAGUAUAAUGACUAUCUGGAGCAGGUGGAGGAAAUCGUGUUUAACCUGACGAAUAACGUGGAUAUAGAGAACACCAAGCAGAUGAUGGAGCAGUACCAGAGAGACAACAGAGACAUCAUCCAGAGAAACAAGGCCAAACUGACGAGGGAGCAGGAGGAGCUGGAGGAGCUCCUGUUAAUGGAGCAGCAGGAUCUGGAGAUGAAGAGGCUGGAGAACCUGCAGGAGGAAAAGAGGCACUUAAACAACAAGAGGAAAAACAAACAGGCCCUGCUUGAUGAGCUGGAGAGCUCCCAUUUGCCCGCUACCCUUCUCUUAGCGCAACAUAAAGAGCGAGCGGCUCAGCUGGAGAGUCAGAUCGAGAAACAGAAACAGACCGUCAAACCUGCCACCAUCUUCUCCACUGGCAUACUGAUGGGUCAGACGGUGUCUCUGGCUCCAGUUGCUCGGAUGGAGGAGGUUUUGUAUCGGUACUACCCUCUCCAAAUUGAAACCUGUGGCCCUGCAGUGCCUGAACUGGAGCAGCUGGCCAGACUGGGUUAUCUGAAUCAUGUAAGAGUGGCGACUCAGCAGGAUUUAGCAGGAGGCUAUACAGCAGGUCUGGCGUGUCACCGAGCCGUGCAGGACGCCUUCAGUGGUCUCUUCCCCUGCACAUAACCGUGUAUGUGUGUUCAUCUCUCACACACACACACACACACACACACACACA